CCAUAUUGUAAGAAGAACAAAUGCAGAACUUGCAAGCAGAUACAGUUUACAAUCUCGAACAAGCAGCUUCUAGCUCGCCAGUACGACGGAUAUGUUGUAUUGGAGCAGGAUACGUUGGUGGUCCAACAUGCACAGUGAUCGCAAGUAAAUGUCCCGAUAUCACAGUCACCAUCGUAGACAUUAAUCCUGUUCGUAUUGCAGCAUGGAACAGUCCUCCCAAUCCAAAAACGGGCAAAUUGGAUGAUUUACCCGUAUACGAACCAGGAUUGGCAGACAUCGUUCAAACUUGCAGAGGAAGAAACCUCUUCUUCUCCACAGAAGUGGACAAAGCUAUUCAUGAAGCAGACCUGAUCUUUGUGAGCGUCAAUACACCCACAAAGACAUCCGGUAUCGGAGCAGGUUAUGCGGCAGAUAUGCAUUACGUAGAAUCAUCAACAAGAAGGAUUGCAGAAGUUUCAACUUCUUCAAAAAUCAUUGUUGAAAAGUCAACCGUUCCUUGUCGUACGGCUGCCUCUAUGCGACAAGUUUUGGAAGCAAAUGCAAAGCCUGGUUUGCAAUUUGACAUCUUGUCUAAUCCUGAAUUUUUGGCCGAAGGAACGGCAAUCACCGAUCUUGAGAAUCCAGAUAGAGUUUUGAUCGGAAGUUUACCAACCCCUGAAGGACAAUUAGCAGCACGUAAACUGCAAGAUGUAUAUGCAAGAUGGGUGGAAAGAAAGCGCAUCUAUACAACAGGAUUAUGGAGUAGUGAAUUGAGUAAGCUAGCAGCAAAUGCUAUGCUCGCUCAACGUAUCAGUAGCAUCAAUGCAAUGGCAGCCAUUUGUGAGGCAACAGGAGCAGAUGUAACAGAAGUCGCACAUGCAUGUGGAUUGGAUAAACGAAUCGGUCCAAACUUUUUACGAGCAAGUAUCGGAUUUGGCGGAAGUUGUUUCCAAAAAGAUAUUUUGAACUUGGUUUAUUUAUCUGAAAGUUUAGGAUUACCAAAAGUGGCAGCCUAUUGGAAACAAGUGAUCGAGAUGAACGAGUACAGCAAAGAACGAUUUGCAAGAAAGGUAGUCUCUACCAUGUUUAACACAAUCACUCAAAAACGUGUUGCUCUUUUAGGCUUUGCAUUCAAAAAGGAUACAGGAGAUACCCGCGAAUCUCCAGCAGCUACGAUUUGCAAGCUUUUUAGACAAGAACGUGCUCAAAUUACAGUCUACGAUCCAAAAGUUCCUCAUCAUCAAAUUUACCUGGAUAUCACCGAACCCGGAGUGAUUGACGAUACCGAAGCAGCAAAGAAGCAAGUUCAAAUCGCAAACUCUGCCGUCGAAGCAUGUGCAGGUGCAGAAGCAGUCGUCAUUGCAACUGAAUGGGACGAAUUCAAGACUCUAGAUUGGGAAGCUAUUCAUGCUUCCAUGAAGAAACCGGCAUUCUUGUUCGAUGGAAGAAAUGUGGUGGAUGCCAAGACGUUACGCAAGAUCGGCUUCCGAGUACAUACUGUUGGUCGUGGUCCCGAAAUUGUUGACCCCGUUUGGGCCUGAUCCCACCGGUUGUUUUUUCUUCUAUCUCUCGUAUUAUUUCUGCUGUACAGCUUAUGGGCUCUUUAGACGAAAGACGUUUCACAUGUUUCAUAUAUACAUUCUCAUCUGCCAAAAAAAAAUACAUCGUGAGCUUCGUUAAAUUUCCUUCAAG